UGUUGUAAAUAUAGUGGGGGGGGGGUUUUUUCUCAUUAUAUCAUUGGUUAAGCAAAUAAACGGAUGUUUUAAAAGUGUAAAAAAUAAUGUAAAGGUUUGUGCAAAUAUUUCAAGUAAAGAAGGAUCAGGGGAAGGAAUUUGCCUAUAGCAUUAUCAAUAAGGUAAAAUAUGAAAAUUCUGUUGCAUCUAUUACAGGUACAGCACAGUAACUGACAUUCCGUCUGUUGUAACUGUUACAUUCAGGUUCCUUUCUUGUAAAAUGUUCGACUCCUUCUUUUGGAGAAGCAAGAAAAAAUAGAUAAAAGAUACCUACAGGCAUUUAUAAAAUGUAGAUAGGGCAUAGCUUGCUUCUUUUUCUUCUACCUUUUCUCUACUGCUGGCUGUUUAACAAUAACCACUUUAAAAAAUGUAUUACUCAUUUGAUUUUGCAGCCAAUGUAACACGGCUUUGUAUGAAGGAAAUAAGAAGAAGAGGACUACGUGAACGUAAAAUAUUCCGCAAAUCAAGGCCCAUUAAUGACUUGUUCGCAAAAGUCUUCACAAAACAGAAUUGUACGCAGGAAGAUUUAUCGUACGUAGACAUUCACUCAGUCGCCACAUUAAUGCAGGAUGCUCUUUGGAGUAGCCAAGAAAGGUUAAUACCCAAGAGAGCCUGGAGAACUAUAAAUUAUGAAACUUGCACCUUGUCCAAUCUUUCCUCUGUGAUCACUAAAAAAAGUGAACAAUUGCUUAUUGACAUUCUAAGCUUUUUAGUAGAGUUAAUGCAACACAAAAAAUAUAACCAAAUGGACGCUUACAAAUUGGGCGACGCCUUGGGAAAGGUUGUCUUGGGUCCAGCGGACUGCAGUACCAUUAUUGCAGAGAAAGCAGGCCAUUUUCUGACACGUUUGAUUAUAGAGUAUACAAGGAUUCAAAGAACUCAACAACAAAAACUGAACAAAUUAGCGAUCGAUAAAGAAGUGGUUGCAGUCUCUACCCCAAACAACAGCCGAAGUAGUAUCGAUUCCGCAAUCAGCCUUACUUUAUCACCUAUUGAUAAUGCCUUUGUCGCCGAACGAACCGGUUACGGGUUCAUCUGUAAACUGCAAGGAACCAAAGCAAGAGCGAAAUAUUAUGACCGCAUUAUUGAGAAAAUCAAGCGCUCCAGCUCAGACUGGUUUGACAAUGCAGUUGGGAUCCAAGCAAUGUUGGAGAGCGAAUACGAAAGUGCCCCUGAAAUGCCUGGUACUCCAUACAUUUCAAUCUUCACAUCUGCUGAAGAACUUAUUUUGCAGCAGCAGAAAAAGUUCAAUACAGAUAAAGAGGAGCCAUCACCCAUUAUUUACCGUAUUCUAAUGAAUGCUUGCCAACCAAAUAUCGAAACGAUAGCCAUAUCAGAUUCUGCUAAUUCCUAUUUUUUCGACAAUUCUUCCUCUUCAGCAACAACAAUGUCAACCGAAAAACAAUUAAAAGAAGCAUUCAAUGACUUUCAUACCCAUAGUAUUCAAACUAAUUCCAUUUUGGCCUUGCAAGAACCUGGAGAGAAAGAGAAUCCUCUCAAGAAAUUGAACCAUUCGCUUUCAAACUUGAAGUUGCAGUACCGUAAAUAUCGCUCUAGUCAGAAUUUGAAUCAUCUUUUUGAAGAAAACACAAUUAAUGACGACUCGGAAACCUUGACUGUAUCAGUACAGGAUAGUCAACGACAUGUAUCUAAUAAAAAAGUAACAGAGGAGUCUGAGAAGCCUUUAUUAUACUUCGCGGAUAGUCGUGUACAUCAACAGCAACAGCGUCUAAAUGAAAACACUCAUAAUGUGCGAAAACUGAUGAGAAAAAUGAUUAAAAUGGCAAGCGUUGGCCAACAAGGAAGAGAUAAAAGAAGUAGCAAGAUUGUUCCUUGAGCGUUCUUUCGCUCAGAAGUGUCGCAAAAACGGUGUUUACUUCAUUAAAAUCGUAUCAUUUAUCUCAUUUAUUACCAUAAUAUAAUAAGCUCUCA